CGCUGACAAAACUUUCAUCAUGUGACGUUUUAGAAAAUUGACAGGCAAAGAAAAAUGAUAACACAGCUUGGAAAAGAUAUUUACAACGCUCAAUAUCGCGUACUAGACCACAGAGUAUUUGUCAAUGGAGAAAUAGAAGCAUUUCUUAAUAAUUUUGAAACACAGCGCAACGAUUCCGAAAUAGAGUCACUCUUUAAAGUAACCGAGACAGUGGGUGCACUCAAAUACGAAAUUUCCGAUAAAUGCAUUAAUUUGGGAUCUGCAAAUUUGACUGAAAUUUCUACUGAACUUAAAAGUUUAUUGGAAAAAGUUGAUAAUUUAGUAAAUGAUUUACAAAAACCACAAGAGCCCAGUGAAACCUUAAAAGAAGCACGUUUGGAAAGAAGCCGUCGUAAGGAAGACAUAAAUAAACAAAUAGAACAUAAUUAUCAACGUGUGGAGAAUUCUUUUGCUGUUAAGGAAGAAGAAAUUGCCGAAUUGUAUUCAGACUUGCAAUUGAAACUUAAUAUACCCAAGUAAAUUGCUUAAAAUGGACUCUAUUACUACCAUUAAAGACAGUCGCAUUAAGGUUAAAGCCUCCAAAACCCUUAUUGAUUUACUCGAACAGAAUAAAAUACAUUUAAAUGAAGUACCCGAAAAUAUAAGCAAAUUUCUCCUGAAACAAUCCAUACAACUGUCCUCAAAAGUGGAAAUUUUAAAGGAAACUAAUACACAAAAAACCCCUGCUAUUAAUGUCAAUCUUUUGAGAGAAUUACUUAAAGAAGACAUAUCAGACAACACACCUAAGUCCAAGGAGGAUAAAACUACAAACAAAAGCAAAACAACAAAAACAAAUGAUGUACUGCAUUUACAUUUAAGCGAUUUACGUUGGUUAAGUAAUCUUCUGUCCACUCUACGUAAAGAACAGGGUUUAGAUAUUUAUUUAAACGAUGUCUUAGAAACCUGUCAAUUGGAAUUACCACAAAAUGAAAUAAUUAAGAGAAAUCCUGAAUUAGAGGCACGCUGUCAAAGACUGCGUGAGGAGCAACAGAAUUUGGAAUAUCGUAAAAUGACCAAAAAUGUAGAUGCAGUGCUUAAGCACUAUCCCGAGGAUACAGUCGCCUAUCAAAUCAAAGCCAUCAAUAGUCAAAUUAUAGCAGUACUACAGUUUAUUUUCUCAGUAGCAGCAGGUUUUGCUUUUGGAUUUCUAGGCAUUAAUCUUAUCAUUGGCAAUAUGGAAUUUGGUUUACGUUUAUUAUUAGGCAUUAUGUGUGCUUUAAUUAUUGCCUUGGCUGAAAUUUACUUCUUAGCCAAAAAACUUAAUGAAUACGACAACACCGUGGAUACUGUAAACAAGGCCAUGAAGAAAACUUUGCCGGCAAAUAAAAAAAUACAUGCUGACUAGAGUGGGGGGACAAUAAGAUUUAUCUUAUAUGCAUACAUAUAUAAUUUAAAAAAUAUCAAUUUAAAGUUGAUAUACUGUAUUUUAAUUAUUAGUAGUAUAUAUUAUUUUCCUUAAAUUCCUUAUAUUAAAUAUUAUUAUAACCUU